UUUAACUGACUUAAUGGUGACUUAUAACUUCUUUUAGUUUCUUCCCAUGUUGAAAAUGUCAUCAUCCAGGUAUACCAUGGGUUAGGAUGUGAUUAGAUUAUAAAUUACUAGAAUAAUUUAACUUAGUUUGUGCCAACACUGAUUAACUUUCAGCAAGUUAGGAAUUCUGAAAACCUAAUUUGUCUCUGCAUGAGAGGUCUAAUUCUAAUGCUAAGUUUAUUUUUCUUUCUACUUAGUUUAAUAACAUGUUUAAUAAGUUACUGGGUAAUGAUGAGGAAACCUAGUCCUGUCUAUUCAUUUGGGUUUGAAAGAUUAGAAGUUCUGGCUGUAUUUGCUUCCACAGUCUUGGCACAGUUGGGAGCGCUUUUCAUAUUAAAAGAAAGUGUAGAACGCUUUUUGGAACAGCCUGAGAUACACACGGGAAGAUUAUUAGUUGGUACUUUUGUGGCUCUUUCUUUCAACCUGUUCACGAUGCUUUCUAUUCGGAAUAAACCUUUUGCAUAUGUCUCUGAAGCUGCUAGUACAAGCUGGCUUCAAGAGCAUGUUGCAGAUCUUAGUCGAAGCUUGUGUGGAAUUAUUCCAGGACUUAGUAGUAUCUUCCUUCCCCGAAUGAAUCCAUUUGUUUUGAUUGAUCUUGCUGGAGCAUUUGCUCUUUGUAUUACAUACAUGCUAAUUGAAAUUAAGUAAGUAUUUUUUAUUGCUGUCAAGUGUGUUUUGAUUCUUGAGGCCUGACUUUUAAGGCAUGGGCAAGAUGGAUUGUGGUCAAGCUUCUAGCAUUUUUGCUUGUAACCUGUAUAACUUUGGUCAAGUUUUGUCCUCAAGUGUUUUCAAGUAGGUGUGAAGUAAUUUUUCAAAUAAAGCAUUUUAGAGCUGUGCACUGAAGGCUCA